AUGAAGAAGAAGUUUGAGACGAAUGCGGUGCGGUACAGUUUCAAAACUCUGUACGUUCUGGUUCAGUGCACGCCGGACCUUUCGUCGGCGGAUUGCAGAAGGUGUCUGAGCGGAGUGAUUGGGGACUUUAGAUGGUGUUGUGAUGGGAAGAUCGGAGGAAGAGUGCUAUAUCCAAGUUGCCUCGCCCGUUAUGAGUUGUAUCAGUUCUUUAAUUCUUCAACGCCUCUUCGGCCAGUAACGCUGUCGCCUCCUCCGGCUCUACUUUCUCCUCCAAAUCCUGUAAAAAGGAAAAGGCGAUUGAGGACUAUUUUGAUAGCUGUGGCUUCUCCUGUUGGUGCUAUGAUACUUUUAUGCUUCGCCUACUAUUUAUCAAAGAAUCAGAUAAAGAAGAUACGUAUGGCUUUUCUCAUGCGAAAAUACUUUGGAAGCGAAAGCAACACUUUAGAGCCUCUGCAAUUCAGUUUGGCUACGAUUGAAGCAGCGACAAAUAAGUUUUCGAAGGAAACUAGUUUAGGUCGGGGUGGAUUUGGACAAGUUUACAAGGGCAUUCUUUCAAAUGGUCAAGAGAUAGCUGUAAAAAGACUUUCGAAAAGUUCUGGCCAAGGAGCAGAAGAAUUCAAGAAUGAAGUUUUGCUAAUAGCCACGCUCCAGCAUAGAAAUUUGGUGGCCUUGCUAGGAUUUUGCAUAGAAGAGCAAGAGAAAAUUCUCAUUUAUGAAUAUGUUCCCAACAAAAGUCUUGAUUACUUCCUGUUUGGUUCUCAAGAAAGCAAAGUGUUAAAUUGGGAGGAACGUCACAAAAUUAUCGGAGGAGUUGCUAGAGGAAUUCUUUACCUUCAUGACUAUUCUCGGGUUAAAAUUAUACAUCGUGAUCUCAAACCGAGUAAUAUUUUGUUAGAUGAUGAAAUGAAUCCAAAAAUUUCAGAUUUUGGCAUGGCUAGGAUGGUUGGAUUCAAUGAAAUUGAAGGAAGUACAAAAAAAAUUGUUGGAACAUAUGGUUAUAUGUCUCCAGAAUAUGCAAUGUUUGGACAAUAUUCUGAAAAAUCAGAUAUUUUUAGUUUUGGAGUGAUAGUAUUAGAAAUUAUUAGCGGAAAGAAGAUCACAAGUUCUCCGGCUCAAUCUCAUGGCCUCCUAAACUAUGCUUGGAAUCAAUGGAAGGAAGAAAAGAUCUUAGAGAUACUGGAUUCAAAUCUAAAUGAAUCUGAAUCGUUGAAUGAAGUGGACAAGUGCAUCCAAAUCGGGUUGUUAUGUGUUCAAGAAAAUCCAGAAGCAAGGCCUUCUAUGGCUACAGUUGUUUCAUAUCUUAGCAAUGAUUCAAUUCAAUUGCCAUUUCCACAAGAACCUGCUUUCUUUCUGGAGGGCCACAUGGAGCAUAGCACCGAAAGCCGAGGAUCCAUUAAUGAAGUAUCUAUAAGUGACUUCUAUCCUCGGUAG